AUGCUGGCGGGGGAUGGAUAUAGUCUAUUCUCCGAUGGUGAUUGGGAUGACGAGUGGCAACACACUUUGAAAGAUUUUGUCAAAUUAUGGCCAAGUGAGGAGAAGCCUACGGGAAAUAUCUUUGACACCGAAGAGGAGUAUUGA